CCUGCGACGUCAUCAGCAGACGACAAAUGAAGCGUACGUCAUCAGAUCGUGCAGGAGUGUGCAGUUCGUAACAGGAUGGCACACACAUGGGCCGGGGGUCACUCCACGGCUGUGCUCUGUGCUGGAGUCUCCUCUGAAUCUGAGUCUGUGGUGGUCACCGGAGCAGAGGGAGGAGAGCUGACCCUGUGGACUCACGACGGGUCACCAGUCUCUAAACUGCACCUGAGCGCUGGAGAUGAUGUCACGAGCGUGGCUUUCUCACCGUCGAGCCCCUGCGUGCUGUACGCCUCUCACGGACGCAUGGUUAGUGCACUAGACACCAGGAACCUGAAGACGGCCGUGAAGGAGCUGACAGACGUGGGUGAGGAGGAGAUCAACUGUGUGUCUGUGAACCCGAGUGGGGCUCUGCUCGCUGCUGCUGACGACUCUGGAGCCGUGAGGGUCAUCGACCUACAGCAGGAGACAGUCAUCCGGACGCUGAGGAAACACCACAACAUCUGCUCGUCCCUGACCUUCCGACCUCACCGGCCUCAGAGUUUAGUGUCUGCAGGCCUCGACAUGCAGGUGAUGCUGUGGAACCUGCCAAAGGUGCGUCCGCUCUGGACCUACAGUCUGCAGCACACACAAGGAGAAGACGCUGGUCCUCAGAGAGCAGGCCAGAUGUUCAACCCUCCUCUCGCACACUGUGUUGAUGUCACGUCCUGCGGUGACGUGCUGGCCUGUGCUGCUGAGGAUGGCUUCAUCCACCUCCUGCGGGUGUCUGAGGACUCCAGGCUCAGGGAACGAGGGAUGUUCAAGGCUCACUGUCAGGGAGCAUCACAGGCUCAUUUCAUCGGCUUCCUUUCCCAUCCGUACUGGCUGGCCACCGGAGGAAACGACGGGCUCGUGGCUCUCUGGGACCUCAGUGAAGAUGCUCUGGUAGCCAAUGAGAGGAAGAACAAAAGCCGCAAGAAGAAAGCUAAAGCCAGAGCGAAGGAAGCCUCUGGAGCUCAACACCAGAAACAACAGAUGAGCAGUGAGGAAGCAGAAGCUGGCAGUGCUUCAGAGACGCAUGGGAAACCCGAGCCAAAACGGUCUUUUAAUCACGGGGAGAAGGUGAACUGGGUUUGUCCAGCUAUGUUAAAGGGAAAGCCGAGUCUGCUGGUAACAGACCAAAGUCCCAAUCCAUCGGUGUAUUCGCUGGAUGAACUAUAAUGUGUGGGAAAUCCUAUUAAAAUCAUGUCAACUUAAUGCAAGAUCUACAGCUUAGAUUAUGCCUUCCGCAGUCAUUUUUUGCUCAUCUUUUGGUCUGAUUUUGAGGUGGACCAAGUACUCCAUGACUUGAGUCAAAGUACAGAAUAACUUGCAUGUAAAAAGUACUUAAGUCCCAAAAGUACAUUUCCUUUUUCAUGUCAAUGCACUGUUUUAUUAUUGCUGUAAUACUUGUAAUGCCUCUGAAGCAACUAACACUAUUAGACCUUCUGAAUACACUGACUAGCUUGUAGUAACUUUGGAAUUAAAAGCUUUUGAAUGUUAAAAACUGACAGAAAGACAAGAGUUUUACCUAAUGCCCCCACAAAAGCAGGAUGGUAGUGACCUCAA